AUGGAGGCGCCUACACCACCCCCGAAACCUAGAAGAUUGUCAGAAGCUCGGUUUUCAUCGAUUGUGCCAGUCGAAAUCAAUGAAGCAGAAAUCAUCCAAAGUUCCUCGGAAAACGACACCGAGGAAAACGAACCUUCACUUACAAAGAAGGAGAACAUCAUCCAAAAAGUCGAACCUGCACCUCCAAAAGUCGAACCGAAGAAAAUUAGUCCAACGGAUUAUCGGCUUCAUGUCGUUAAUGAGGUAUAUGACACGGAGGACAGUUACGUGUCCUCACUGAAAGUAUGUAAAGAAGGGUAUUACACCCCGUUGUCGACUUCAGGAGCACAUAUAUGCCCCAAAGAGAAGCUCGACAUUAUAUUUAGUCACUUUGACGACGUUUUAAGCUUUAACACAGCACUCUUUAUGGAGAUGAAGAAGUUGAAAGAACAGGGGGUGUUAGAGAAUCAAAUUGGGACUGCUUUAUUCAAAUUUGCGGGGGUGUUGAAUAUAUAUAAACUGUUUGUAUCAAACUCGGACACAUCAUUUAAAGUCCUCGAUGAGCUGGAAAAGAACACGAAAUUCAACGAGACUCUGUAUGUCCUUAGAAAUCAGUUACAAGCGGAAAACCAACUUGAUUUGAGAAGUUAUUUGAUUAUGCCCGUCCAGCGCCUGCCACGGUAUCGACUACUAUUAACGGACUUGAUUAAACACACCGACGACGCGUUUCCAGAUAAGCCCAAUCUCCAAAAGGCUUUAGAGGAAAUAUCCAAAAUUGCACUUGUUGUGAAUGAAACGAUCAAAGAGAGAGAACGGAAACAAAAAUUAGUUGAGUUGACAAAACACAUUGAGGGGUUCAAUGGUGAACUCAUCACCCCAUACCGAGAAAUGCUGAAAGACGGGAAGUUGAAGAAGAUAUGUCGAAAGAAUAACAAGGAGAGAUACUUCUACUUAUUUAAUGAUGUGUUGACAUACGGUAUUGGAGAUGAGAAGAACAUGAAAGUGUCUGGAACACUGAAACUUGAAACUUUGACGAUUCGAGAAAAUAAAGAAGUGGAGUUUUCGUUCCAAAUUCUGUCGAAGAAGAGCUUUUCUGUCAUAGCGGAGAACAAGGAACUCUAUGAAGAGUGGUUCAAAGCAAUUUCAGACGCAAUUAAUCAAGAGAAGUCGAAAACUGGGACACUGAAACGACAAAAAGUGGAAGGAGAUGAUUAUGUUGCACCCAUUUGGGUGCAAGACACUGCGAAUUGUCAAAUAUGUAAUGCUUUAUUCACUACCUUCUUUAGAAAGCAUCACUGUCGGAAAUGUGGAUUGUGUGUGUGUGCGGACUGUAGUAAACAAAGUAUUGUAAUCAACAAAAAGAAGGAGAGAGUCUGUGACCGAUGUGCAGCUGAUAGUGUUGAUGUUGAAAACUCGAAGAAUAGUAAAGACAAAUUAGAGAGUGAACCGGUGAAAAGGAAAAGCUUCUCCGAGAAAAUUAGGAAGUCACUGAGCCAAACACAAACACUAGAACUUCAGAAAAAGGCCGAGGAAGAGAACAAGGAACAAACGCCUGGAAUUGAAGAAACAAAGAAAAUUGAUGUUGAAGACAAAGCUCCAGAACUCCCACCAAAGAGAAAAAGUUCUUCAACGAAUCGGCCAAUAGUUAACGUGACUAUCGAAAAUGCAAAACCAGAAAGUGGUGUCGAGACUACAACUGAAAUAAAUAAAAAAGAAUGUGUUAAUCGCAAUGAAAUGGAAACCACAACGAACUCUCAACAACAAGAACAACAACAAAACACAACUGUGACACCUAAAGAUGACCUUUUGGUCUCACCAAAAAGCCAAAUACAAAAACCAAGUCAACCAAAGAGAGCACAACCCCCGACACCUCGAAAAGUGACUCCAAUUAAUACUACAAAUACAACGCAAAUACAUCAAAAUUCAUAUUCAAAUACGGUAACACAACCAACUCAACAACAUAAACAAAAAACAUUUGCCGACGUGACCAAACCAACUCAAAAGGCACAAACCAUAUUACAAAGAACACAACCAAAACUCCAACAAACACCUAAAGAACAUUCCACAUCGGAACAACAAAGCGUUUUAAUUAAGCAGAAAAGCUUUGAGAAGAAGGUCGAAAACGACCAAAGCAAUACAGAGAAGUGCGAAAAAACAGAAGCGUCAUUUAGAAGUGUGAGAGACUCCCCCUUCUUGAAAAAAGACCAACACCAACAAACGUUCUUACAAAAACGACCAGAACCAAGAAAACAACCUUUAAAACCACAAAAAUGA